UUCAAGCCCGAAGGUCCCGCUGUUGCUUUCGCACUGGACCAGUUUAACACAAUAAUAUGAGGGACUCUAGGGAAUUUCCAUUUGAUUUUGGACACAUACCUCUGCUGAUCCAAGCGGAAGUUUGUAUUUCCAAAUAACUUUUGAAAACUCAUUAGAUUAGAAGGUUUUAAAGAAGGUGAUCAUGAUGUCUGAUGCCAGUGAGAUGUUGGCAGCUGCCCUGGAGCAGAUGGAUGGCAUCAUUGCAGGUUCUAAGGCCCUGGGAUACACCAACGGACUGUUUGAUUGUCAGUCACCGUCUUCUCCCUUCCUAGGCAGCCUCCGGGUACUGCACCUCCUGGAGGAUCUGAGGGCGGCGCUGGACCUGAUGGAUCCAGAGGAGAAGGAUAGUCUGCGCAGUCAGGUGUCUGAAACCACAGCUGAGGGUCUGGUGGAGUGGCUGCAAGGCCAAUUGACCAAUGGCCAUGGAUCUGCAGGAGAGAAUUUGGUCUAUCAGGAGCGACUUUCUCGCUUGGAAAGCGACAAAGAAUGUUUAGUGCUCCAGGUGAGUGUUCUUACAGAUCAAGUGGAGGUUCAGGGAGAAAAGAUAAGGGACCUAGACACAUGUCUUGAGGAACACCGCAUGAAACUGAAUGCCACAGAAGAUUUACAUCAGCAGGAGCUACUUAUUAGGAGUGCUUUAGAAACCAAGAAACUGGAAUUGCUGACAGAGGUAUCAAGUCUGAAACUGAAACUGGCCGCUGCAGAGGAGGAUCGCAGAGAAAGUGAGGGUCUUUUUCAGGAGUUGAAAGACUUGCGCCUCAAGUUGACAAGCAUGGAGGAUGAGAGACAAGAGUAUGACCAAAAUCUUAACUGUAUAAAAGAACAGCUAAUAGCACUUCAGAAGCAGUUGGAGGAGAGAGAGCAGGCACUUGGAAGACUUCAGGAUCAAGCCCAACUGGAGGUCAUGACCCUGGAGCAGUCACAAAGCAGGGAAAAAGAUAUGGAAGUGCAGAUAAUGAGAAGCACUGUUGCAUCUUUAAAGGCAGCUAACGAUGAGAAGGAUCUUAUGAUAAAAGAGCUGCAGCAGUCCCUGAUGCAGUACAAGAGAGUUCAGGAUAUGGUGACAUCAGUGCAGGUAUCAAAAGACAAACCCAGAGAAGAGAACUUGGAGGGGCUGUGUGAAGGGACAGACGUAGCGUCCACAAAUACUGAGAAUGUCUCCACAGGAGGCACAGAGGAAACUGAUGAACCUCAGCUUAUUCCAUGCACAGAACUCCUUCCCGAAGUUGACCUCACCGGUGUGACCACACUUGGACCUCAUGCACAAAGAGCUACAGACAGUGUCUCUGUGGUACAGCAGCCUGAAAGCCCUCGUUUGGCAAGCUGUAAUGAGGAUGAAAUUAGUAAAAAUGGAGGCUCGCCAAAUUUCUCCCCCUCUCAGCCCUCCUCGGGAGGGGGUGAGAGUUUUGGCACAAAAAAAAUGCGCUCCUCUUUUGGACGUGGCUUUUUCAAGAUUAGAGGAAACAAGACAAGCAGCACCCCUAACCUAGUUGAGGGGGAACAGAAGGGGACUGAGCACUUGGACUUAGCCGGCGCACCACCCAGGAAGCCAAAGGUGUUAGACACACUCUCCCCUGAAGGGAAGAAAAAAUCAAAGGGGAUAAUGAAGUUCUUUGGAAGGAUGAAAAGAAGUCAGUCCACCUCCUCUGAUCUGGAUGAUUUUCCAGAGUCAGAGUUUAAAAGGGGUGGAGUUCGAUCUACAGCUGGACCCAGACUGGGCUGGUCACGUGACCUGCAGCGGAGCAACAAUGAGCUGGAAAGCCCCUUUGCACACUGGAAUAAACAGCAGGUAUGCGAGUGGCUGCAGGAACAGGGGCUGGGGUUGUAUAUAAACCAGGUGCAGCAAUGGAUCCGCUCCGGACAGACCUUAUUGAAGGCAUCGCAGCAUGACUUGGAAAAGGAAUUGGGCAUCAGGCAUCCUUUACACAGAAAGAAACUACAACUGGCUCUUCAGGCGCUGGGAUCAGAGGAGGAAGAUGCCAUGGGUAAACUGGACUACAACUGGGUUACCAGAUGGCUGGAUGACAUUGGUCUGCCUCAGUAUAAGUCUCAGUUUGAUGAGGGUCGAGUGGAUGGGCGUAUGCUUCAUUUUAUGACUGUGGAUGACUUGCUGGGUCUGAAAGUGGGCAGUGUGCUCCACCACCUCAGUAUUAAGAGGGCCAUCCAAUUGCUUCGUAUCAACCACUUCGACCCCAACUGUCUCCACCGCAGACCGACAGAGAAUUACGUCACACCGGCAGAAAUCUGUCAAUGGACCAAUCACAGAGUGAUGGAGUGGCUUCGCUCUGUGGAUCUGGCAGAGUACGCACCCAACCUGAGAGGAAGUGGAGUCCACGGAGGUCUAAUGGUUUUAGAGCCUCGUUUCAAUGUUGAGUCCAUGGCCUUGCUUCUCAACAUCCCGCCAAAUAAGACACUGUUGAGGCGUCACCUUGCGACCCAUUUCCAUCUUCUGAUUGGUUCAGAGGCACAGAGACUGAAGCAGGAGUAUCUUGAAAAUCCAGAUUACGCUGUCCUCACAGCCACAGCCAAAGUUAAGCCAAGGCAUCUGUCAUUCGGAGGAUUCGGGACUUUGAGGCGGAAACGGCAGGAGGAGUUAGAGGAGUACGUUUGCCCCAUGGAUGUGCAGAUGCCCCAGAGCAGCAGUUUCCAAGGCCUUAGCAUAUAUAAGGACAGCUUGGAUCAGCUGGAGCAGAUGGAGGACUCAGAGGGCACAGUGCGACAGAUUGGCGCCUUCUCAGAGGGAAUCAACAACCUGACUAGCAUGCUAAAAGAGGAUGCAUUCUUCAGGGAAGUAUCCUCACGUCCACCUGAAGCCAGUGCCACAGAUGAAAACUAAAAUGUUUAAACCUGUCAGUCAUCACAUAAGCCUUUAGCUGUGAAGUAUCCCAAUUAGUUUUAAGCCUCCAGUGAGCUUGAGAGCCAGGCAAUAAGCUUGACUCAGUGAUUCAACUGGCUCUUCAACUAGUUUAUACUUCAGUUUUACACACUCAAUCCCAACACACAAUAGAAUAUUAUGUUGAUGAAAUGUUAUUUUGAAAUGUCUAUUUAGGAUCUGUAGGAUAUACUGUAAUUCAGUGUUUGAGUGUUUUCACCAAGCUAAAACCAAAGACUACACAUGACAAAGGCCAAUUCAAAACUUAAUUUGCUUUUGAAUGAUCAGACAUAUUUUUAUUCAGUUUUUUUUUUAAUACUCUUGACUUUUGUGAUAUUUGUGCAUGUUUUGAAUCUUUUUCAGUUAUGUUUACAUAAUGUUUAUUGAAUGGGGAAAAUUGUUAAUUUUGCCUGCAAACUAUUGAUAUUGUUAUUCUAUAACCAUAUCAGUGAAACCAUGUACUGUGUACUGUUUUAUGAAUUUAUACGUCGCUUUUUUUUUUAAAGAUGCAUAUUAAUUUGGUCUCAAUUUGAGUCAAUUGACUGUUGAUGGCCACUUUUUUCAUAAGGCAAGCAGGAUAUCUUGGAAAUUUCUCUUAAAAGAUCAUCAGCACUUCAAAAA